UUCUCACCCGAUGUGCCAGAAGAGCCGGCAUAUUUUCGCGUAAUUUUAUUUUUACAUUAUUCAACAGUCCCGCAGCCUAAUAUGGUGAUAUAGCGAUUUAACAGAGCGACCAUGGAUCCACCCAGUAGCGAUGUGCCCAAACUGCCCGAUAUGGUCAUGUGCGGUGACCACCCGUCGUUCACCAAGACCGAGCUGAACGCGAAGGAGGCGAAGGCGGAGGACAAACUCAAGGAGAAGGCACCCAUGUCUUACGCGAGGAUAUCGCCCACGACGUCUCGCACGGAGCGCGCGGCGUCGGAGCACGCCCUGCGCGCGCUGCAAGCUCGGCACCGCGUGCGUUCCGUGGAAGCUGUCACGAGGCCCGCGCCCGACGCCAGCGCACCCAACAGGGCUCUAGUGCAAGCGGCACUGGGCAGCUUCCGCUGGCCGCCGUACCUGCUGUGCGUGUGGGUGGUGGUGCUGGUGCUGACGCACGCGCUGCACUGCCUCGUCGGCGUGCUGGAGCGAGCGCUGCCCAGCUUCAAGAAGCUCUGCCAAUACUUCCGCUCAUGGACCGAAGAAUCCUGGAAGACAGAGACGGAGCUAAACCACCGCGUGUACCCUCUCGCUCUGGCCAGCGUCACCGGUACAUUGUACUGCCUGUACUGCGUCAUGUACGCGUUGCAUUCCGUCACUCUGUGGGCCAUAGAACCUUUAUGCCCUGAGGACCGCGAGAGGACCAGCUCCACCGACGUCAAAGUGACCAACUACAUCGACGAGGUGCCCAGCAAAACAAAUUCUAACAUGAAACAUUGAUCUUUUGGUAGUCUAAAAUGAUUUUGUUGUUUU